AUGUCGAUCGAUCAUGACUAUCACAACGAUAGUGACGAAGAAUACUAUCACGAUAAUUAUCGCAUUUGUGAUGAUGAUCGUGAUAGCGAUGGUCAUGAUGUCAACGACCACAACGAGCACCAGGAACGCUACAACAGCCUGAGGAUCGAGUGGGACGAGGACGCCGACAAUUGGAACACGAGCAGCAGACACUGGGAACCUCUGGAGAACAUGCGAAUUACGCAAGACGAAGAACCACGACACUGUGACGAAGACUGCGCCCAGUGGGGCGACUUGUACGGCGACGACGGCACGCGCGACGUGGAUCCGGAUCUGCGCGCCGAGUUGCAGAGGGAGAAGGACGAGCGGCGCGGGGGGUGGUUCCAGGACCAGUUCCAGUACCGCCAGUACCAAGUCAGGAGAGAGGUACAGCAGCAGCAAGAUGAAGAUGAAGAUGAAGAGGAUAACGAUGAAGAUGAACAGGAGGAGGAUGACACAGAUGAGGAAGAGGACGAGGAGGAAGAGGACGAGGACGAUGAAAGUGGUAGUGCUAAUGGGAGUGAUAGUGAUAGUGAUAGUGAUAUUAGUGAUAUAGAUAUAGUAUCAGCUGAGGAUGAGAAUGAGGAUGAGGAUGAGGACGAGGUUGACAAUGGCGACUGA